UUAUUAAUAAUAAUACUGUAGAAUUUGAGAACGUCAAUGUUUUUUUAAGUAAUUUAAACUCAAACUAUGGUGGAUACAACUUUGAAGGCCAAGUGGAUUAAGAAAGUAAUUACAAGGUUUAGAGAGAGAAAGAAGACAUUAGCAGAUUGUUUAAGAAAUGGGUACUCUUGAUGAUCAGCUACUUCUUCUGGAAGAUGCACUUCUUCAGGAGGAGCAUUGUAAUUUAACCACUGGAGAUGGCUCACUAGAUUUUUCAGGGAAGCCUGUCCUCAAGAGCAAAACUGGAAAUUGGAGAGCCUGCAUCUUCAUUCUUGGUAAUGAGGUCUGUGAACGUCUUGCCUUCUAUGGUGUCAAUACAAACCUGGUUAGCUAUCUCACCAAAAAAUUGCAUGAAGGAAAUGUCUCCGCUGCAAAGAUGGUCUCCACCUGGUCAGGCACAUGUUAUGUAACACCUCUUAUUGGAGCUUUCUUGGCUGAUGCAUAUUGGGGAAAAUAUUGGACGAUUGCUGUGUUCUCCAUGAUUCAUUUCCUCGGGAUGUCUACUCUGACCCUAUCUGCAUCAGUUCCGAUGUUUAAGCCUGCUGAAUGUGAGGGUUUCAUUUGCCCUUCAGCUACCCCAUCACAGUAUGCAAUAUUAUAUGCAGGGCUUUAUUUAGUUUCACUGGGAAUGGGUGGGAUUAAGCCAUGUAUCUCUUCGUUUGGUGCUGAUCAGUUUGAUGAUACGGACCCUAGUGAGAGGUUACAGAAGGCAUCUUUUUUCAAUUGGUUUUAUUUUGCUAUCAGCAUUGGUUGCCUUAUGGCAAGUACUGUAAUUGUUUGGAUACAAGAAAAUGUCGGAUGGGGCAUAGGGUUCGGAAUUCCUGCCUUAUUCAUGGUUGUUUCUAUUGUGUUUUUCUUUUGCGGAACUCCACUCUACCGGUUUCAAAGUCCAGGUGGUAGUCCAUUAACAAGGAUAUGCCAGGUUGUAGUUGCAUCAAUGUUGAAAUUCGAGUUGGAGGUUCCACAAGAUAGUAGUCUUCUGUAUGAGACCUCAGACACACAUUCAGCAAUUGAAGGAAGUCGAAAGCUGAAGCACACUGAAGAAAUGAAGUUCCUGGAUAAAGCAGCUUGUUUGUCAGCUACUGAAAUGAAAACGGAGGACUUCUCCAACAGUUGGAGAUUGUGUACAGUAACACAGGUCGAAGAACUAAAGGUCUUGAUCCAUAUGGUCCCUAUUUGGGCAACUGCAAUUGUCUUUUCAGCAGUGUAUGAACAAAUGUCGACUACUUUCAUCGAGCAAGGAAUGGUCAUGGACAGAGCAGUAGGAUCCUUUACAAUCCCAGCAGCCUCUCUGGCAACUUUCAGUAUAAUGAGCAUCAUUUUUUGGGUCCCUUUUUACGACAAGAUAUUUGUACCUGUAGCCAGGAAGUUUUCAGGCAAACCAAAGGGUUUCUCCGAGCUGCAAAGAAUGGGUAUCGGCCAAGUCAUCUCCAUUUUCUGCAUGCUAGCUGCCGGUUUAGUUGAGAUCAGACGUCUAGCAGGGCCAGUUAGCAUCUUCUGGCAAAUCCCUCAAUACUUCCUGAUGGGGGCUGCAGAGAUAUUCUUCUACAUCGGGAAGAUGGAGUUCUUCUAUGAUCAAUCACCCGAUGCCAUGAGAAGUUUGUGUACUGCAUUCUCACUUCUAACAUCUUCAUUGGGAAGUUACUUGAACUCGCUUGUCCUAACGAUCGUGACAGCCAUUACAACUUCUGGGGGGAAACCCGGGUGGAUACCUGAUAAUCUAGACAAGGGUCAGCUUUAUAAUUAUUUCUUUCUAUGGGCUGUUUUUAGCUUGUUGAACCUGUUGGUGUACUUCUUCUGUGCCAUGAAGUAUAAACAGAAAAGGGCUUCAUAGGAAUUCUGCAUAUAGUGAUUGUGAAGCAGUAAAUAGUCAAUUAUGUUGCAAAUUUGUGAUGCUAAAAACUCUCAAAUUUUCAAAUUUCAGCAAGUUUUUAAUUUCUGAGUGAAUCAAAAUGAUUGGUGGUGAGACUGGUAACCCUCAAAAAAAAAUGCCUGAGAUGAAUUUUACAGAAUAUGUAAGUAUUAUUUAUAUUAUCAUUUUUAUAUUUGCUCCAA